AUGAGGGCCCUUUUUGCUAAGCUAGGGAUUCUGAGCUCGACACUGCUUCCAUCUCAUGUCUUGCCAAGAGAAGAAGGACGCGUCUGGACGACACCUCAAGACUCAAUCAACGGCUCCUUCCUCUUCCCGCGGACAUACCCGCUUACUUUCCGCGAAGGCUCCAGCAUUAACAUCUCGUGGUCAAAAACGUACGAAAACAUCAAUCUAUACUUCUACCAAAGGGGGAAAGUUGCAAACUCGGUACAGCUCGGUACUAACUUGGCAGCCGAUUGGUACCAGUGGGAGGUCCGCGCCGAAGAGUCAAAUCUCACGAAUCCAUUUGUCUUCAGAAUCGUCAAUGCCCAGGGAACCACCGAGGAGCAGAACAGCGAGGGCUUCUGGAGCACCAGCUGGUAUCUCACACGAGAUCACAGCGCAAGUAAAUCGGUAACAUUAUCGUCGUCAGCAGCAUCUUCAACCACAGCUACAUCAUCUACGGCUUCCUCGUCGUCAGCAAGAUCCUCAAGCAGUCCAUCAUCGAUAACGCAAGGGACGAAUCCCGAAGCUACCGCGGCUCCAAGCACGGCAGCAGAGACGCACAAUAGGGGGGUUAGUAAAGGCACCAUCGUCGGCCCAAUAAUUGGGCUCGUGAUCGCGGGCGCAACCAUCAUCGCGGGAGUGUUAUUCUACCUAAGCAAACGUCAAAGGAGCAAGCAUGCAUUAUCUUCGGCGCCGUUGCCUGCUGCUUCCUACUAUGACGAGGCUCACAUGCAAAAGCAGCCAGGACAUGAUACAGUGCAUGAAGUCUUCACACAACCAUCCGAACUGCAGAGCGUGUCUCCCUGUUACGAGCUUCCUAGCCAGAAGUAG